UUCAGAUUCAAAAUGACAUAGGAGCGUGGGAGUGUCCCCACUGCAGAACAUGGAGAGAAGGUGUUCUGGAUUGAUGGAGCAAAAGCCUGGCCAUGUGAGAACACAGGAGCUCUGUUGAAGAUGCACUGGACACCUGAGCACGCCCAGCCCCUCAACCAGUGGCCAGAGCAGCAUCUGGACGUCUCCUCCACCACCCCGUCGCCUGCCCACAAAUUGGAGUUGCCCCCGGGGGGUCGCCAGCGCUGCCACUAUGCUUGGGCCCACGACGACAUCUCGGCGCUCACCGCCUCCAAUCUCCUCAAGCGCUACGCGGAGAAGUACUCGGGGGUCCUGGACUCGCCCUACGAGCGCCCCUCCUUGGGCGGCUACGGCGACGCCGCCUUCCUCAAUGGCGCUAAGGGGGAUCCCGAGCCCUGGCCAGGGCCGGAGCCGCCCUACCCCUUGGCCUCACUGCACGAGGGCCUCCCUGGAGCCAAGCCCGGCGCCGGGGGAGGCUCUGCGGGGCUCGGGGGCUCCCCGAUUGUAGCCGGGAACCUGUCCGACACCCUCUACGCCGGCAAUGCGUGCGGGGGUCCGUCGGCGGCGCCCGAGUACACGCCGGGCUACGGCGGUGGCUACCUGGCGCCAGGCUACUGCACGCAGACGGGCGCCGCGCUGGCCCCGCCGUCACCACCGCCGCCGCCGCCGCCGCCGCCGGGGUCCGGGGCCCCCGCUCUGCUCUACAACUACACCGAGGGGGGAUACGGGGCGCAUCCCGGCUACGGCGCGCUCCCGCCGCCCCCGGCCGCGCCCCCGGGCCCCUACCUGCCGUCCGGCCUGGCGGCGCCCACGCCCCUGCCCGCGCCCGCGCCGCCCCGGCCCGCCCCGUACGGCUUCCCCUCGGCCGCCGACCCCGGCGCGUCGCUGAAGCGCAAGGCGACCGACGAGGGCUCCGAGGACCGCUACCGCAAGUACGCGUACGAGCCCCCCAAGGCCCACGCGGCCGACGGCGCCCCCUACCCCGCCGCGGACAACAACGGCGAGUGUCGGGGCAACGGCUUCCGCGCCAAGCCGCCGGGAGCCGCGGACGAGGCGUCGGCCAAGUUCCGCGGCAGCGUCCCGCUCAAGGUGCUGGGCUCCCCGGCCUACGGCCCGCCGCUUGAACCCUUCGAGAAGUUCCCGGAGCGGGUCCCGGCGCCGACUCCCCGAGGGGGCUUCGCGAUGCCGUCGGGGGAGCCCCCCAAAGGCGUGGACCCGGGCGCGCUGGAGCUAGUGACCAGCAAGAUGGUGGAGGGCGGGCCCCCCGUGCAGUGGGCAGACGUGGCCGGCCAGGGCGCGCUCAAGGCAGCGCUGGAGGAGGAGCUGGUGUGGCCCCUGCUGCGGCCUCCCGCCUACCCGGGCAGCCCGCGACCGCCGAGGACCGUGCUGUUCUUCGGGCCGCGCGCCCUCGUGCAGGGCACCCAGGGCUUCUCGGGGGGCGAGCUGGGGCAGCUGUGCCAGCAGGCCGCGGCCGGGGCGGGCCUCCCGGGGCUGCAGCGCCCCCUCGCCUACAAGGACUUGGAGGCAGCGCUGGCCAAGGUGGGCCCGAGGGCCACUCCCAAGGAGCUAGACUCGUUCGUGGAGUGGGACAAGAUGUACGGCUCCGGACACUGAUGGCGCUGGGAGGCCGAGGCAGCCCCCCCCCCCCCGUACUG